AUGUCGUUGUCGAACACCAGUAGCACAGUGUCAGUGUCUCUUAACCGGAAAGAGCAAGAGUAUGACCACCCCGCGUCCGUGGACAUUGCCAUGCGGCAGACAGACUGGCCCGCGCUCUGCCGGCUGGCCGCGAGCCUGCGCGACGACGUUCCCUGUGUGCCACUAGACCACGCCACCAACGGCCUUAAUAACAUGGCCCGUUUGUUGUGGUUUGACGACGGUGUGUUUUGGGUGGCCCGUGUUGCCCUGCGGCGGUCGAGACAAGGUAGGAAUUCGAGCGGACGACGAGCACGUGUGGACUGUAUGGACGUCGACUUCACUCUCGAUGCUCCUAAUCGUCAUGACUACUAA